AGAUCCCCGCCUUACCGUCCAGCCCAUCCUUGGUGUGGAGUGCUUAGAAGUACGAGCCCCCUCUCCAGCCCCCUGCUGGCCCGAGGGUUGGUAUUUCCGGCGGCCACCAGGCCCAGUCGUCAGCCUUCUCUUACGGUGCCGGAACUAUCCUACUGCAGCCCGCGUUUCCCAGCCGGCUGAAUGAGGAGGAAGCACAGGAGAGACCACGCUCACCACUGGGGAAAGGAAGGGGGCGGGCCCUGCGCGUGGCAUUCUGGGAACGCGUUGUAUUCUGGGAGCUCAGAGCCCGCCAUUCGCUUGGUCUCACGCCUUCGCACCGUUCUCGUGGCACUGAAGAGGAAAGAGAAAGCCGGAACCGAACUCUGUUCCUGCCAAGAUGUCUAUUGGUGUACCGAUUAAAGUCCUGCAUGAGGCCGAGGGCCACAUCGUAACAUGUGAGACAAACACCGGCGAGGUAUAUCGAGGGAAGCUCAUUGAAGCUGAGGACAAUAUGAACUGCCAGAUGUCCAACAUCACAGUCACAUACAGAGAUGGCCGAGUGGCACAGCUGGAGCAGGUGUACAUCCGUGGCAGCAAGAUCCGCUUUCUGAUUUUGCCUGACAUGCUGAAAAAUGCACCCAUGUUAAAGAGCAUGAAAAAUAAAAAUCAAGGCUCAGGGGCCGGCCGGGGAAAAGCUGCUAUUCUGAAGGCCCAAGUGGCUGCAAGAGGAAGAGGACGUGGAAUGGGACGUGGAAACAUCUUCCAGAAGCGAAGAUAAUUUUCUCUGUUGAACAGAACUUUGCCCUUUUUUCUUUUAGGUUAUCUGGGUUUGUGGGGAUGGAUGUUUGUGUGUAUGCCCUAGGUUUUCUUUUGACAUCUUUUUCUUUACAUCAGGGGAAAUGUUAAACUAAAGUAAAUAAAUCUGGUUUUUUGGUUUUUUUUUUCUUUUUAAAGAA